UCUAUCCUUUCAUCAGGAUGCCGAGCCAACUCGAGGGUGCUAUGGGUGCACUGAUAACAGUUUUCUACAACUACUCUGGAAAUGAAGGUGACAAACACAAGCUGAACAAAGGUGAACUGAAGCAGCUCUUGAACAGUGAGCUCACGGACUUUCUCAUGUCUCAGAAAGAUCCAAUGCUGGUGGAGAAAAUCAUGAAUGACCUGGACUCCAACAAGGACAACGAGGUGGACUUCAACGAGUUUGUUGUGUUGGUGGCCGCUCUAACUGUUGCCUGCAAUGACUUCUUCCAAGAGCAGAGCAAAAACAAGUAG